AUGACGAUCGAAAGAGCUCGAGUCCCGUUAAGCCGGUGGCAACAAGCGGCGGUUGCGAUGGGAUCUGCCGUCGGUGUGUUGGUUAAUCCUCGCAGAGCGGAUCUGAUCGCGGCUCUAGGUGAAACCACCGGAAAACCAGCUUUCGAAAUGGUUCUCGAGAGGAUGAAGAAGAGCCCUGAAGGACGAGCUAUAUUACUGGAGCGUCCUCGUGUUGUCUCAGAGCAAGUAGGUCACGCUUGGGAUCUACCAGAGAACACAUUUGGAGCUGCGUAUGCAAAGUUCAUGGGAUCUAGGAACUUCUCUCCGGAUGAUCGCCCGCCGGUGAGAUUCAUGGAGACCGACGAACUGGCUUACGUGGCGACUCGGUCGCGCGAAGUUCACGACUUGUGGCACACGCUCUUCAGCCUCCCGACGAAUCUCAUAGGCGAGUCGGCUCUGAAAGUGAUAGAGUUCGAGCAAAUGUAUCUCCCAAUGUGCAUGCUUUCCGUGAUCGGAGGCACAGUGAGGUUCAACGAGAAGCAGAGGGGAAUGUUCUUGAGGCAUUACCUUCCUUGGGCUGUUCGAGCAGGAAGACAAUGUACAGACUUCAUGUGUGUGUGUACUAUGAGCGUCACUUUAGUGAAGACUUGGAGCAAGUGA